AUGUCAGAUGAAUGUCCCAUUUUACUAGUUGGAGGUGCCGGUUUCUUAGGCUUGCACCUAAUACAGCAGUUCUAUGAUUUAACUGUAAGACCACGUAUUCAUGUUUUUGAUGUAAGGCCCAUACCUGAAAAAUUAUCUAGACAAUUUACCUUUGAUCCUACGGAAAUUGUAUUCCAUCAAGGAGACCUCACCUCUGCCGAGGACGUUACCAAUGCUCUAUUAAAGAGCAAAGCUAGAGUAAUCGUCCACUCUGCUUCCCCAAUGCAUGGUAAUGCUCAAAGCAUUUACGAACAUGUUAAUGUCAAAGGAACGAGAAAUUUACUAGAUGUUUCAAAAAAACUAGGAGUUAAAGCUUUUAUCUAUACCUCUUCUGCUGGUGUCAUAUUCAAUGGUCAAGAUGUACACAAUGCAGAUGAAACUUGGCCUAUUCCUGAAGUGGCCAUGGACGGUUACAAUGAAACUAAAGCUAUCGCAGAGGAUAUGGUUUUAAAGGCCAAUUCUUUUCAAGAGAAUUUUUUAACUGUCGCAUUGCGUCCUGCUGGUAUAUUUGGUCCUGGUGAUCGUCAAUUGGUACCAGGAUUGCGUAACGUAGCUAAAUUAGGCCAAUCUAAGUUCCAAUUGGGUGACAAUAACAAUCUAUUCGAUUGGACUUAUGCCGGUAACGUGGCGGAUGCCCAUGUUUUAGCCACACAGAAGCUUUUGAACUCAGAAACUGCUUCAAAAGUGGCUGGUGAAACAUUUUUCAUUACUAACGAUGAACCUGCUUAUUUCUGGGCACUUGCCCGUACCGUUUGGAAAGCUGAUGGUCAUGUUGAUAAGAGUGUUAUUGUGUUGAAUAGACCUGUAGCAAUUUUAGCUGGUUAUCUUUCCGAAUUUUUCUCCAAAUUAUUGGGUAAAGAGCCAGGAUUGACGCCUUUUAGAGCCAAAAUUGUUUGUGCUACUCGUUAUCAUAAUGUUACUAAAGCAAAGGAAUUGCUUGAUUAUAAGCCACGAGUAAACAUUGAAGAAGGUAUUGAAAAAACUCUAGCUUGGAUGGAUGAAAAGUUAUAG